AGACUCUUUGCGCAUAGUUCGACUUGGGAGAAUCACAAUAAGAGUAAGUGCCUCAAUAUGACCGAUAAGUGUUGCAAAUAUUGCAAAACAAAGUUCACAACACAUACCAAAUUGAUACUCCAUUUGAAGAAGGAACAUCAAAAUAUUCACUUAGAGCACAAGUGCAAUUGCUGUGAUGCGGUUUUCAAAGAAAAAUUGGAUCUAGCGGAACAUAUACGAGAGAUCCACAAUUUACAAUCGUCCAAUAAAUUCAAUAAGAAAAAAAAAUAU